AUGACCAAUUCUUACCACCAAGAGGUAAAAAAUUUUGAAGAUGUUUAUGAUUUCAUCAUCAUUGGGAGCGGACCAGGAGGUUCAGUUAUGGCCAACAGAUUGUCUGAAGUACCCGAGUGGAAUAUUUUAAUCUUGGAAGCUGGUGAACAAGAAUCUCCUUUGACCGAUAUACCUCUAUUAGCUAGUACAUUGCAUGAAUCAAAAUAUGAUUGGAAUUACAAAAGUUUGCCACAAACCAGAUGCUGUUUGGAUCAACAAGGAUACUGCAAACAACCAAGAGGUAAAGCUUUAGGAGGUUCCACCACCAUCAAUGGUAUGGCAUAUGUUAGAGGUAACAAAUAUGACUACAACACUUGGCAAAAUUUAGGAAAUACUGGUUGGGGUUAUUAUAACAUACUUAAAUAUUUCAAGAAAUCAGAAGAUAUGCAAAUAAAACACCUGCAAAACUCACCAUUUCACAGUACAGGUGGUUAUCUAACAAUAGAGUUAAACAAAUACAAAACAAACUUAGAUGAUUUGCUUAUACAAGCUGGUGCAGAAUUAGGUUAUUGGAAUAAUGACAACAAUGGUGCUAAUCAGACUGGUAUUUUACGCCAACAAAGUAUGAUUCGAGAUGGUAAAAGAUGCAGUGCCAGUAAAGCUUUUUUAAAACCAGUUGCUGAUAGGACUAACUUGUCAAUUGCCACAGGUGCAUUUGUCACCAAAAUUCUUAUUGACCCUGAAAGUAAACGUGCUUAUGGUGUAACUUUUACUAAACAUGGUAAAGAGUAUACAAUCAGAGUCAGAAAAGAGGUCAUACUAAGUGCAGGAGCAAUUAAUUCACCACAAUUGCUGAUGUUGUCUGGUGUAGGACCAGCUGAUCAUCUACAAGAUUUGGGAAUUGAAGUGAUAAAAGAUUUGUCUGUCGGUCAAUUUGAAUUGGAUAUUGGAGUUCUUGGAUCGUAUAAACACGUCACUGAUUAUUUUGAUAAAGGAAUCGGCCCACUAACUUUGCCGGAAGGGAUGGUUACCAUAGUCUCUAUAAAAACGAGUCCAUAUAAUAUCAAUCUGCCAGAUGUUGAAAUAAUUUUUGCCGCUGCCAAUUUGUACACAGACAUAGACAAAACCAAAAAGCGAGAUUCAUUUUACGCAUUUGUCUUAUCAUUUCGUCCAAAAAGUGUCGGGAGUUUACUACUGAACAGUAGAGAUCCAAAGGAUCCACCGAAAAUAGAUUUGAAUUGUUUUGCAGAAAACGAGGAUGUGGAAACUAUGGUGAAAGGACUCAAAGUGGCGGUGGCGAUUUCUCGCACAAAAGUUCUUUCCAAGUAUAAUGUCACCUUAAAACUUGAACCGGAUGAAGAAUGCGACAAAUUUGGAAGAGAAACAGACAAAUACUGGGUGUGCUUUUUAAAAAAUUCUAGAUCUGGAUCUCACCAGAUAAGUACCUGCAAAAUGGGUCCAGCUGAUGAUCCAUCCAGUGUCGUAGAUCCAUCCUCCCUAAAACCAUAUGGAAUCCAAGGAUUGCGAGUCGUGGACGCCUCUGUAAUUCCAGAACCCCCAACUGGUCAUACAACUGCUGUGGUUUAUAUGGUCGCUGAAAAAGCAGCUGAUUUCGUUAAGGCUGAAUGGGCUUGA